GCAUAGUAUCCAGGUUUCUGACAUCUGUAGCAUUAGUACGAACAUUUAUAGUUAUUGAGCUUGGCCGACUCUAUACAUUGCUAAAUCACUUUGAAUCAGUACCAUUUUGGAAAAACCAAAUCGCUGCAGCACUAAAUUUUGCAAACCCUCCAGAGAAAAAAGGAACAAUCGUUUUGAAUUAAACACUCUAGUGUUUGACUCCUCAAAAUUAUAAGGACCACUCAGUUAAUUAAAAACAAACUUCUCUUAAAAAAAAUUCCAAUAACUCAACAGAUUGUGUAUUAUUAAAGAAACUACUUUACGAAGCACAUUUAGGUAUGUAUGUGUAACUUACCAAUUAAUUCCAGCCGUUGUCUAAAUCGCUUUAUUACGAUCUUAUAUAAAGACCAGUUUGUACUUGCAAUAAAACAAACCACAAAUUAUCAAAUCUAAGGAAAAACGUUUAUUACUUUUUUUUCUCUAGAAGACAAUUUUCACACAACAAUCUUCGUUUAUAUACAACAUUUAGCUAACGAAGAGUCCUCAUCUAUCCCUUGUCUUCUUUAUUACUCAGUAUAAUCUUAUAUAAUCAUCGCAUGGAAGAGCGUAAAAUCAUUAAUGGCAGCAACAUGCAUAGGGAAACAUUCCAAUCUUAAUUAACACUUUGUUUAUUUUAUUGCAUUUCCUCUACAUUGUCAUACGGAAUCAUCGUCUAACUUUAGCAACAUCUAAGCAUAGAACGUUAUCGUUGUUAAGGCUGCGUGAAGCCAGACUUUCUCAAGUGACUACUGCGAUUGUUUACCACAGAGCCAAAUCGAUCUGUAGAACAGUUCAUGGAACUAGAAUUUCCGCCUAAUAGGAACACCAACCUGUAGCUAGUUUAUGCAAGAAUAGCGAUCCCAAACCUUUAGAAAUAGAUCCUACAAGGGCUCAAACCUGGAUGAGGUGGCCGGAUCAUUAAAUCACCGUACGAACUCUCUUGCGCAUUUUAUGUUAAAAGUCAGCUCAUCACGAACUUAGAAGUGUAUACAAGUGCAGCGGAAAUGAAAAUUGUUGCACAUGGCGCCGCAUCAACUCUUCUUUAGGUACUUUUUGUAGGUUUUUCAGUCACGCCAGCUUUAGUUUUAAAAGAGUGCCUACGAGCGCAUUUUAUAUUUAUUUUUUCUUUUUCGCACACAGCUGUUCCAAUAACUGUAUAUUAAUGUACUUCAUACUAAUGGUAAUUUUCAAAAGUUACGGUAUUUGAAACCUAAGUGAAGCGUGCUUUAAUUUAGGGUUCAAUCUACAAUUCAGCUCGAUUCAAAGACCGCACUCUAAGCCGCAUAGUCCUUUUUUUGCAAAACUAAAAACAGGAGGAAGCACCCAUUAGUACUCUAAAGAUCCUGCUGCUUGACCGUAUCCCGAGCUUGCUCGGCUCCACCGAUCGGUUUUUAACCUAUGGUGGUAGUCUUAGCUAACCUUUCACAAAUGAAGCUUACAACGGACCAACUAAAGGCUAACAUUCUCAUGCCACACAAUUUGAACCAACAGAGAAUUUUUUCUAUUAUAUUCCUAACUGAAUCUAAAUCAUUUGAUAAAGCUCUGCAAAAAUGUGUGACUUAUGAUGACACCGCGUAAACAGAGUAAUAUAUUCCUGGCACGCCAGUAUUUAUUUACUAGAAGAACUGUGCUAAUUAACCAAGUUAUGGCAGCUUAUUUUACUUGUAUUAUGUACAAUUAUGAUGUUACGACAAUACUCUUCAUAAUAUUUUACCUUUUUAUGCUUAUUCAUCUGCUCUUUAGUACCAAAUAAGUUGUUUGUUCGUUAGAGGUUAUGUGCUUACUUGUUGAAUUUAAAACAGUCUGUUGCAUCUCCAUCUCAAUCGCGCAAUGGCAUUCACAGGAUCCGCACUGUUAAAACUUGAAGCUCUCUCAAUUUGGCGCGCAUUGAAGCCCGCGCCAUUCAAAUCGAUUAUUGCUGUUUGGCUCAUCAGCUGAUUUUUACUAUCUGGCAGCGUCUCAAUGCCGAAAUCACGACAAGUUCGUGCCGUGACAGAGCUUUCUCGAUGUCUGCGACAGAAAUCCAACAAGCGGGCGCAUUUUCCGUUUCAUACGUCACAGCACCAAGCAAAGAUGUCGCCGAAAAGAUCGCCAGAGUUGGCCCGGUUUCUCACUGCUGUAUGGCCUUUUUUUAGUGGGCUCGUUGAAAAUCGUCUAGCAGCUUGUGUCAACAUAAUCCCGGGGCUCACCUCAAUCUAUCGUUGGAAGGGUGCCAUCGAAAAGGAUAACGAGGUUUUACUGAUGAUCAAGUCACCAAGUGCAUCUUUAGCUAAUCUAACCACAUUUGUCAAAUCUUUACAUCCAUAUGAGGUUUGUGAGAUUAUCUCUUUGCCUAUCCAGCAGGGAAAUCCCGACUAUCUGCAAUUCCUGAUGGAUGCGACUGCAGGAGGAAAGCAUUAAACGAAAUAUCUUUAUUUUUUAACUGGAUAUUACACUGCUGCUAUUUUAUCGCUCACCUUCAGGUUUUGUACUGAAAUAAAUGUUCGGUAAUUCG